GUGCGCAGAAAAUGGCCCCAUUUGGUUAAAGAAGAGGAGGAAUGGUGUUACAGAGUUGGAGUUGCGCUUCUUAUCCAAAUGUAUUUGCUCCUCAGAAGCCCACAAACUCUAAAUUCAGGUGCUUCUCCCAACUGGGCAUUCCAGAUGUUGUUGAGAUUACUCACAACAAGCUUCUGAUAGCAGCUGCUGUAUCUGCUGCCAUCGGCCAGCUCUCCAAGCCAUUCACUUCUAUACUUUUCUAUGGAAAAGAUUUUGACUUCAGAACUGCUUUUGGUGCUGGUGGCUUCCCUUCCACCCAUUCCUCUGCAGUUGUUGCUACUGCUACAUCUCUUGCCCUUGAGAGGGGCUUUUCGGAUUCAAUUUUCGGACUUACAGUCGUGUAUGCUGGCCUUGUCAUGUAUGAUGCUCAGGGGGUAAGAAGAGAAGUUGGGAAUCAUGCGAGAAUGCUAAACAAAAUGCAAUCGAAGAUGCAAUUCUAUUCAAAGGAUGACGAUGAUUUGAUAGUUUCGCAACGGGCAACCGCAGGGGAACAGAUUGAUACUUCAUUGUCCAAGGGUUCAAGAAAUGCACCUCUAUUACUUAAAUCACUCAAUCAAAAGCUCAUAUCUUCUGUCCAAGAAGAAACAGGAAAUACCUUGACAAGACCAGCUCUGCUAAAAGAAUCCAUUGGCCAUUCUGAGGUUGAAGUCAUUGCUGGUGCUUUUUUAGGUUUCUUGGUCACAUUGGCAGUAUAUGCUACUCUAUAAUAUCACGCCUUUUUUUUAUUUCAUAUGUCUAUCUGAACCAUGUUUUAUAUAUCAGAUCGGUGGCUGAACUCGAUAGGCCACCGAUUUACUCUCGAUGAGUAAAUAUCUUUAUACUUAUUGGCGCAAUGAUUGCGAAUUUAUCAAUUCUAAUAAAAAAAACUAUAUUUUUUAUCUAUAA